UCUCUCGCAUGUGAAAAACACUGUCACCAGCAAGAAUGUUCUUGGUGAGCCCUUUUAAGCUAGUACUGUCUUCUUUCUGCUUGAUCAGCUCCAACACACUUUACUUUAACCACGCAUGUGAAAAGAAACAGCACCAUCAAGGACCUUCCCUUUUUUCUUGAUUCUUUCUUAAGUACGUGUAUUAUCGUCAUCCCUGUCUAGCUUCCAAGACGCUGCAAAUUUAGCGAAGCUUAUAUUGGUUUGAAGAAAAGAAGCAGUUAGGCUUUUCUUUUAGCCACCUAACCACCUCUUCUUUUCCACUAAAAGAAUCUUCUUCUUCUUCUCUAUCCAUUGCUUCUGUGAUACUAAACGUGGGUCUUCUUCUGCACUUGCUAACAUUCGAUGUGAAUUUUGCCACUUCGAGCAAUACCCAUGAUUUGGUUCUUCAAAAUGUUCCAGUUUCCGAUACUUCCUCUUCACUUCUUUUUCUUUACUUGAAACUAGAUACUCUUCUCAAACUGAGCUGAGAGAUAAAACAAUGGGUAUGCGAAUGCAGUUCAUUUUCAUGCUGGGGGGAGUACUUGUACUCUGCAAUUUGUUGUCGGGACACGGAUCUGCAGACGAUGACUCCUUUCCGGCUGCUAGUCCUCUUACCAUCAGCGUACAAAGACACAGGAAGCCACUUGUUUCACACUCAAACAGGCCAUUGCACUUUCCAGCAUUUCUGCAUGCACCACCCACUGAAGCGCCAUUCUUGCCGAAGGUCAUAAAGCCUUCAAGUAUUUCAGUUGCACCUUCUGUAUCAUCAUUUACGGACGAUGCCUCCUUUCCGGCGGCUAGUCCUAUUACCAUGAGCGCGCAAAGACACAGGAAGCCACUUGGUUCACACUCAAACAGGCCAUUGCACUUUCCAGCAUUUAUGCAUGAACCACCCACCAAAGCCCCUACUUUGCCGAAGGUCAUGAAGCCUUCAAGUAUUUCAGUUGCACCUUCUGUAUCAUCUUUCCGAGGGCCUGUGAAGAAAUGGAUACACGGUUAUGCUCAUGCUCCUUCAGUAUCAUCUCAUAAGCACCAUCACCAUGUCAGAAACCACUUCAGCGACUCUGCUCCACAGCAUUCUCUGUUUCCACAGCACAUUUACCACCGAGCAGGCCCUUCUAUUUCCCCAGUUCAAUCUCCAUUCCCUACUAAUAGGAGAUCACAUUUGCCAGCGCCUGCUCCAUCACCCACCAUUCUGUUAAGCCAGUCUAAUGAGCCUACUCUUCCACCUGAAUUCUCCCCUUUCGGAUCAGCAGAGAAAAUGAAGACUCCACCGCCAAGACCACUUCUGACAUUACCUCCUCCACCUCCUAAUGAAGAUUGCGCGUCAAUAACAUGCACAGACCCAUUAACGUACCCGCCUCCUGGAACUCCCUGUGGCUGUGUAUGGCCAAUUCAGGUGAAACUUCGGCUAGCAGUCGCGCUAUACACAUUCUUCCCUUUGGUUACAGAGCUUGCCAAGGAAAUUGCUGCAAGUCUGUCCUUAGAUCAUAGCCAAGUGCGCAUAAUGGGAGCGAAUUCAGCCAGUCCACAACUGGAAAAAACUACAGUUCUAAUUAAUUUGGUGCCACGAGGAGCAAAAUUCGGGAAUGAUUCUGCAUUUGCAAUCUAUACAAAAUUCUUCCACAAGCAGGUUCAGAUGGAGGCAUCACAGUUCGGUGAUUAUGAAGUUCUAUAUGUUCACUAUCCAGGUCUUCCACCUUCACCACCUUCUAGCAUCAUUACCACCGACAGUUCACCAUAUACGGACAAUGAGGACAAAGGCCCGGUGACAAAACCAUUAGGAGUUAAUGUGCCUAAGAGGAAAAGAGAUGGGCCUAGUAGAAGCACGAUCGCUGUACUAGUUCUAUCAUCUUUCAUGGUAUUAAUCGUGUGCACAGUCAUCACGUGGAUACUGCUGAGAAAGUGUGAAGCUCGUCAUCAUCAAUCUGAAAAGUCCCCACGGCCUCUCUCCCCAGCAAAACCUUCAGCAGGUUCUGCUAAGCCUGUGAUACAGAGAAGUUUGUCCAACUCAGCAUCAACAUCGUUGCACUCUAACGGAAUCUUAUAUGCUGGAUCUGCCAAAACAUUCAGCUCAAACGACAUAGAGAGAUUCACCAACAAUUUCGAUUCUUCGCAAGUACUCGGAGAAGGCGGUUUCGGGAUAGUCUACAGAGGCAUAUUAGACGAUGGAGAGGAGGUGGCAGUGAAGGUUCUGAAGAGGGAUGAUCAUCACGGAAGCCGUGAGUUCUUGUCAGAAGUGGAAAUGCUGAGCCGUCUCCACCACAGAAACCUAGUCAUUUUAAUCGGCAUAUGCAUGGAAGAACACAUCCGCUGCGUCGUGUAUGAACUCAUACCGAAUGGAAGUGUAGAUUCCCAUUUACAUGGCUGUGACAAGGAGAAUAAUCCGCUUGACUGGGGCGCUAGAAUGAAGAUCGCACUGGGCGCGGCUCGAGGUUUGGCCUACCUCCAUGAAGACUCGAGCCCUCAUGUUAUACAUCGAGAUUUCAAGUCCAGCAACAUCUUGUUGGAGCCUGACUUCACGCCAAGAGUGUCCGACUUUGGAUUGGCUAGAGCUGCUUUGGAUGAGGGGAACAACAGACAAGUUUCUACCCAUGUCAUGGGGACUUUUGGCUACUUGGCACCAGAAUAUGCAAUGACGGGCCAUCUUCUAGUCAAAAGUGAUGUUUAUAGCUACGGGGUAGUCCUCCUUGAACUUCUAACCGGCAGGAAGCCAGUAGAUCUCUCGCAACCGCCUGGCCAAGAGAAUCUCGUUUCCUGGGCCCGGGCGCUCCUCACAGACAAGGAGGCCUUGCAAACAAUCAUCGACCCAUCUGUGAGAUCGAGCAUGUCAUUCGAUAGCGUGGCCAAGGUGGCGGCAAUAGCUUCGAUGUGCGUGCAACCAGAGGCAUCGCACCGUCCAUUCAUGGGUGAAGUGGUUCAAGCCUUGAAGCUAGUUAUAAACGAGUUUGAUGAAACGAAGGAGCUAAGUCUUGGAAGUUGCAUAGGCCAAGAAUCCUCUACUUGUGUUGAUGGCAAAGUUAGCAAACUUCCACAUGAAUUCGUUGAAGCUCUAUUGACAGGCGACAGUACACCAACCAAAGAUUCUAACCAUCUAGAACAAACGGGAUGCUUCCGAGCAUCAACAGGGAUCGAGGACAAAGAAACCGGGUACUCCCCUAGGCAUUGUAGCUCUAGCUCGGGCCCGUUGAGAGUGGGAAAGAGAAGGCAAUUUUGGCAGAGACUCAGGAGCUUAUCCAGAGGUAGCUUCAGCGAACAUGAAUUUGCCUUGAAGUUAUGGCCAGAUACGUUUUGAUUAAGAACCACGUAAGCUCGCGUUCGCACCUUUGAGAUUCUUGAUGUGUAAUGAACAUGACCAGGGAUGUGUUGUUGCUAGAGUAACCUAGAUUACCCACUUUCUGGAUUUUGAUUUUGAUUUGGAAGAACGAAAGUAUGGGACACGGAAUGCUAUCUCCUCAGCCACCAGGCCCUUUGCCCCUA